UUGUGGGUAAUCGGGAAGUAAACAAAGGCACGUUGAAGAUGGAGCUUUCGGAGCAGAACCGAACUUCAGCCGUGAAAAGAUUAAAUAAGACGGAUAUUUUACGGGACUUUCAGGUGUCUUUUUUCGCUAUGAGACGUCUGGUUUCAUUUCCCUGGACUUUUUUAGAAAAAGACCUUGAAAGCAACAAAUCCUCAGACUUGAUUUCAGACGUCCUGAAACAGACGUGUCUUCACCCUCUGUGCCGGAAGUUUCCACCAUCAGUCAGGUUCAGGAGGCUGUUCCUCUCCGAGCUCAUCCGACGGCUAGAGGCUGCAGACGGUGACCCUCUGGACGAGCUGUACGAUGCUCUGGCUGAGGUGGUGGGAGCGGAAGAGACGACCGAGUGCUACAAGAGCUACAUACUGCCCAGUGGUGAUGCUGUCAGUCUGCUGGAGAACGUAGCUCUGAUCUCAGAGGGGACCACCGGCCUGGUGACCUGGGAGGCCGCUCUCUACCUGGCAGAGUGGGCCCUGGAUCACCGGCAGGCCUUCGCUGGCAGGACGGUUCUGGAGCUGGGCAGCGGCGUGGGGUUGACCGGUAUCACCAUCUGUCGCUCCUGCUGCCCGCGCCGAUUCGUCUUCAGCGACUGCCACUUCAGCGUCCUGCAGAAACUGAGGAACAACGUCCAGCUGCACGGUCUGACCGAGCGGACGUCUCCUACAGUCAGCGUGGAGGAGAUGGACUGGACGGCGGCGACAGAGGAACAGUUAAAACAGAUCGGAGCUGAUGCUGUCAUCGCUGCAGAUGUGGUGUAUGACCCCGACGUUGUAGGAAGUCUGGUGAGUCUGCUGUCCAAGAUCCUGAGGUGUCCGUCCUCUGGAGUCCCCCCUGAGGUCUUCAUCUGCUCCACCAUAAGAAACCAGGAGACUUACGGUGGCUUUAAGCAGCAGCUUGAAAAGGCAGGAAUCAGCCAUCAUGUGAUCCCAGGACCCGUCAGCCAUGUGCUUCCUUACAACAGAGUCUCUGACAUAGAAAUGAUUAAACUGUACAGGUGACACAGCUGUAGCACAAUAAAGAUUUUAUUUACAAAUGUA